AUCCGCUUUCACCAUAUUAUUAAACAAAACAUUUUAUUUACCCUUCGCUACGCUUUAUGUCAAAUAUCAAAGUGCUGGUUCGCUUCAGAAAGCCCGCCAACUCACUGCCCUUCACGACAAUAGCAAAAAAUGAGGUAUUUGUGGAGAGCAACGGUGUUAGGUACAAUUUUGAUCGUGUGUUUGUAAAAGAAAGCAACAAAAGCAUAUACGAGUAUCUGAAGGAGGGAAUAGUCUGUGGGGGCGAUCUUGAGUGCGCGAUCAAUAGCUAUACCGGUGGUGAUGGAGCAUCCACAAAUAAUACGCUCACUAUAAUGUGCUACGGCAGUACGGGCUCGGGUAAGACUUUCACAAUGCUCGGCAACAAGAAAGAGAAGGGAAUCUUCCAGUUGAUAAGAGACACAUACGAUAUUUUAGAAUUUAAGUGCUUUGAACUGUAUAAUGAACGGGUGAUAGUGCGAACUGAGAAUGUGCAGGAUGUUGGCACGUUUGAAGGCAUGCUAGUGAGAAAAAGAACGGCUCUUAACGAAGAGUCGUCACGAUCACACACAAUAAUGGAAAUGGUCGUACAACAAAACAAGUCCAAUCAUGGUAAAAUUUUCAAAAUUAUACUCAUUGAUCUGGCUGGUUCAGAGGACAACCGAAAGACCGGCAACUCUCCACAAUCGAAUCCUUCGCUGAUGAAGGAGUCAUCAACCAUAAACAAAUCACUGUUUGUUCUACGAAAUGUGAUUACAGCAAUCUACAAGAAGAGAAAAAGCGUACCAUUCAGGGAAAGUGUGCUUACAAAGUAUUUGAAAGAGUAUUUUAAGGGUCGUGUAGUGCUCUUGGCCACAGUUGUUGAUGACUGUGAGAUGAUGGGAGAGGGAAUAAGUACCUUAAACUUUGCGAGCAUGAGUAAACGGAUCGUUUGGAAGGACAAGAUCAGAGAAAAGAGGGAUGGAUGCAACGAGCUUAUCGAGAGAUUGUAUAAAGGCAAAAAUUUUGGUAGUAAAGAGAGACCGGUGCUCGACGAAAAAGUUAAUUUUGAGAAAGAAUCUGUAAGAAGACCUGUUAGAAGGGCGGUUCAAGGUGAUAAAAGUAAGAAAAAAAUGAGAAAAAGUGGAGAAGACUUCGUAAAAGCAAAUGAAGAGAAGGAGGAACUUACUUUUACCAGAAGCGGAGACACGGAUACCGGAACUAGGAGCAGUGAAGGUGCAUAUGACAAAAUUGUUAAGAACGAUGUUUAUGGAGUAAAAUCAUUUGAUGAGAACUGUGCACGCGUUAUAAGCGAUGAUAAAGCUAAAUGCGUUCCAAAGAUUGACGUGAAUGAGAACAGAAUAUGCGAUAUUUCUACUACGUUCAGCAGUACUGAUAUAAUAGUACACUCAUUUGAUGGUAACGAGCAAAAUAGUGACCGGCUGGUUAAUAAAAAAGUUUUUGACGUCAUUUUGAAGCGAGCGCGGCAGUUUGAAGAACAAGGCUGCAAAAGAAAAGCGCUGGAAAAUUACAAAAUGCUUUUGGAAAUGACCGAGGAGGACAAAAACAGUUUGGGAGCAGGAGUAGAUGCAAAAAGCAAGGAAAUACACGGUAUUAUCACGGACGUGGUAAAUGAUACCUCUCGCAACGAACUUAACGACCAAAAUAAUGCUACGAUUGAUGAGUUGCAUGAACUAGUGAACUUCAAGGUGAAGAACGACGUGAGAAAGAUAAUUGACCAAAUAAAGACUAAAAUAUCGAAUUUAUCCGCCACUAAAACAAAGCCCUCAUUGAUAACGAAGAAAGAACUGCUCAAACUACUUAACAAGGCCGACUUUCUCAGUCUCAAAAAGAUAAAAAAUAUCGGUGAUAAGCGGGCUUUAAAGAUCAUUGAGUAUCUGAAAUUCAAGAGAAUCGGUAAAACGGAAGACUUAUGUAAAAUAUUUAGUAAGCGGGUGGUUGAUAGCAUAAUGAAGAACGUGACUGAAUAACGUUUCGAUUAUAUGUAGCAAAUAAAACGCAUAAUACCGGGUGCCAUGCUGUAUGCAGAUUGAGUGCGGUGCACACCGUUGUCUUUGGUAUUGUCAGCAUGGUUUUCCGUGCUUGUUUUUCUGCUCAGAAGACCUGUACCAUAUAUCGCAGAAAAUUAAAUGGUAGAUUUGUGAUGAUCGUGUUUUUUAUACGGUGUUAUAGCAUGUAUCAAAAUGUUUUUUUG